CAGCAGCGGGCAGUGGGACGCCAGAGCGGGUGGCUCGCAACCUGCGCCACACGGAUGCAGGCAACUCGCCGCAGCGCGCGUGCAGGAGGCGCACAAGUCUGACUCAGAAGGUGGGCAGUUUCAAAACCCGCAGGACAAUGUUGCUAGCAUCAGCCAACAGGAUGUCCCCACGAUUCUGAGCCAGGGAAUGGACGUAUCACCGCAGGCGCCCAUGUUGGUUGCAAUGCCUGUGGCUGAGCAGAAUGACAUCAUCGAUGUGUCAGAGCCGGAGCUUGUUAACACAAGUGCGCAGAACAAUACCGCGGUAGGGACAAGUGAAGAAGAGUCCCCAUCAGGAACUGGCUCUGACUCAGAGGAUUUCUCAGGGGAGCUCACUGCAACGGAUGACAUUAGCGAGCCCACUGAGUCCGGGGAGCUUUAUUCCCCGUCAGAAGAUCAGAGUAGCAAGGAGGAUUCCUCGGAGCUGGAGCCCAGUGAGUCAAUGACCCCCACGGAGUCAGAAACCACAGGGACAGACAGCUCAACCUCUUCCUACCGCUCUGCAGAAACCGACGACGAGCUCACCUCCGAGCACGUCGGCCGCACCUCUUCCAAGCUGGCCGCCUUCCGGGAGAAGACGGAAAAGCUGCGGAAGUACGAUCCCACAGAUCGGAAGGUGGGAACCACCCUGGACUGCCUCCACCCCUGGAGCAAGACCCACUACAUCCACGACCCCGAGCACCUCCCCAACUUCUGGAAGAAGACCGCCAGGUGGAAGAAGAGGAAGCUCGGCGCCACCCUCUGCAUCGGCAACCGCCGCAUCCCCAGCGAGGGCAAGGGCAAGAAGAAGUCGCGGGCGGACAGUGUGGGCAAGGUGGACAAGGUCAUGAUCGCCCUGGACUGCCUUCACAAGCCGAUGCAGGACGAAAAGCAGGUGGACCGGGUUCUCGCCUGGAUCGACAGGGCGGACGCCGCCCAGCGCGACUACGUGGAGCGGCGCAAGGCGGAGCCCCCCAAGGUCACCAAGGUCAAGAAGCCGACGGCGCAGGACGUGGCGGACGCCCUCAACAAGAACACUGAGGCGUUCAAGACGUUCGCCGCCGCUCUAGCCCUCCCCGAAGGCGCCAGCCUGCAGAAGAUCAUCCAGGACGGCUUGGCGGCCCAAGGAAACUCCCUGCCCGUCAACGGGGACCAGCCCACCGAAGCCCAGGACCAGGGGGCAGAGGAGGGCGCGGGUCCCCUCGACGAUGACGACAACGAGCUGGACGAGCGGGAUGCGGAGCACGAGGCCGCAGCCGGAAGCGCCCACGAGGACGAAGACGCGGAGGACGACGCAGCCGACUCCCCCCAGGAGGCGGCCGCAAAGUCGGACCCCGCCGCGGACAAACCCUCAGCGCAGCCGGCGGUUCAGACCUCCGCAGCCCACAGCUCCCCCCAGCGGUCCUCAACCCCCGUCCAGUCAGCACCUGCGCAGACCUCUGCACCUCUUGAGGCCCCUGCGCAGGCCGCAUCUACCCCAGCUGUGCAGUCCCCGGCCCCAGCGGCCUCUGCGCAGCUCCAGAACAACCAGGCAGCGGCAGCCUCACCGCCGCCUCCGGCCCGCGCAACCUCUGCGCAGCCUGCCGCCCAGGUGCCUCUCCAGCAGCCGCCGCCACGCGCGACUGACGUGGAGGACCUGCGGUCCAGCAGCCCCGCGCGCCCCCAGGGACCUGACCAUCCGGGGCAGCGCCAGCCGGACGACACCGCGACUUCCACGCCGCCCAGGCCGCGCGCCCAGGGACUUGACACCCGGGGCCUGCGCCAGCCUUCGCCUGCGGCCGCAGAGCCGCACCACGACACCACCCCUGACCCGCCGCCCACGCGCAAGAAGAACAAGCGGGACAGGAACCGGCCCCCAUACGCACCAGAGCCAACGCCCGCCGCUGAAGGAGCGGCCCAGGCGCUCCAGGCUCUGUCCGGGGACCCGUACGAGCUGGAGGAGACGCGCCCCCGCCGGCGCAACCGCGACAGCCAGCGCCCCGACACCACGGGCGCCGAGGGAUCCCUCCCCCUCAAGAAGAAGAAGAAGAAGGCGGAACCUGCCCUGGAGAAGGGUGGGACGGAUGUCCGCCAGGGCCUGAAGGAGCUGAAGGAGCUGAAGGAGUUGAAAAAGUCGAAGGUGGAGAAGAAAACCAAGCUGGCCAUCAUCGACCCCGAAGAGCCCACCAGCGACCGCAAGCCCAAGGCCGGGAAGAAGCGGAAGGAGGCGGCCUCGUCCACCACCGACACGGACGACCUCGCCAUCUGCGCCAGCCGCAGCAAGCUCCCUCCCCGCCAGGACAACCAAAAACCUGCCGCUCAGGUGCCUCUCCAGCAGCCGCCGCCACGCGCGACUGACGUGGAGGACCUGCGGUCCAGCAGCCCCGCGCGCCCCCAGGGACCUGACCACCCGGGGCAGCGCCAGCCGGACGACACCGCGGCUUCCACGCCGCCGAGGCCGCGCACCCAGGGACUUGACACCCGGGGCCUGCGCCAGCCUUCGCCUGCGGCCGCAGAGCCGCACCACGACACCACCCCUGACCCGCCGCCCACACGCAAGAAGAACAAGCGGGACAGGAACCGGCCCCCAUACGCACCAGAGCCAACGCCCGCCGCUGAAGGAGCGGCCCAGGCGCUCCAGGCUCUGUCCGGGGACCCGUACGAGCUGGAGGAGACGCGCCCCCGCCGACGCAACCGCGACAGCCAGCGCCCCGACACCACGGGCGCCGAGGGAUCCCUCCCCCUCAAGAAGAAGAAGAAGAAGGCGGAACCUGCCCUGGAGAAGGGUGGGACGGAUGUCCGCCAGGGCCUGAAGGAGUUGAAGGAGCUGAAGGAGCUGAAGAAGUCGAAGGUGGAGAAGAAAACCAAGCUGGCCAUCAUCGACCCCGAAGAGCCCACCAGCGACCGCAAGCCCAAAGCCGGGAAGAAGUGGAAGGAGGCGGCCUCGUCCACCACCGACACGGACGACCUCGCCAUCUGCGCCAGCCGCAGCAAGCUCUCUCCCCGCCAGGACAACCAAAAAGACGAGUGA